AUGACCAUUCUCUCCUCUUCUUCAUUGACAGCAACAACAACACCCUCUUCAAAGAAAAAGACACAACAGGGUUCGAGGUUAUUAAAGGAAAAGGCAACACCUUCAAGUGUUGUUCGAACAAGUAACAACUCCUCUUCUCAAAAUAAGAGCGCCACUACUCCGAACCAUUCUCAUUCCAUUCAUUAUCAAAUCGGAGGAUCUUUCAAUUCACGUCCUCUCUUAUUAGAUGAUGAAAACAUCUUUUGUGUUCCACUCUCUCAAAAUAUUGCAGUCUAUUCUAAUAGUACUGGUAAACACAUUCACACCAUUACAUUCCAUAAAAAGAAAGUAACACAAAUUAUUAGAGAUGAUAACAAUGAAUGUUCAUUAUUUAGUGUCUCUGAAGAUGGAUAUUUGUGUCAUUGGAAUAUCAUGAUUGAAAAGAAUCAAUCUCAAUUACUCAAACAAGUGAAUAUUGGAAAACCAAUUUAUGGAAUUCAACAAGACAAGACAAAUUCUCAAAUUUUAUAUUUGUGUGUAUUGGAUCAUUUCUAUAGUUUCAUCAAGUUGAAUCUUGAAACUUGUUCAGAACAUGAUCGUACUAUGAUUCAAACUAGUGGUAUGACCAAUACUACUACCACAAUGAAUGGUACGACAACUAAUAGUACGACAAUGAAUGGUACUACCACAACCCAUACUACUACGACAAUGAAUGGUACGACAACCAAUACUACUACGACUACAACCAAUACAUCAUAUCUCUUACAAAUGUAUCAAUUCACACAAAUGAACAUUUCAAAGACUCAUUUAUUUGCUAUUGGUGGUGUUGAUCUCUAUAUUUAUAAUUUAAAGAAACAAGAAUUAGAAACAACACAAACCAAUGAAGGUAUUCCUUUAACAGCAAUGGCAUUUUGUGAAGAAUUGGAAAUUCUUGCAACUGCUGAUGCACGUGGUGUCAUUUCAUUAUGGUUUUCAGAUGGAACAAGAUCUUCUCAUCAUUGGCAUCCAUCCAUUGUUACUUGUUUACAAUUUAGUGAAGAAGGUGAUUAUUUAUAUUCAAGUGGUAUUGAAGGAGUGGUUGUGUGUUGGAGAUUACCUUCACAAAAGAAGGAUAAAUUUUUAGUAACAGAUACAGCCAUUCAACAAUUUACAUUGAGCUCCUCACAAGAUGUCAUUCUCGUAUUAGGCAAAGAUAAUAUUAUUCGAAAAUAUGAAUUUGCUAGAUUUGCUCUCCUCUAUCGUGUCUUUGGUAUGAACACUAAUUUAGAUCAAAAACAAGUGGAUCAAAUUCAAGUUACUUUAGAACCUCAUUCUUCUAAUAUUCUUGUGAGUGGUACUGAUUCUCUUCAAUGGUAUAAUAUUAAUGAUGGAAGUGUGAAACAUUAUGAAUGUGUUCAAUUUAGAGAUGUGAAAUAUGAUCCCUCUCGUUUUCAAGAAACUCUUCCUGUGAGAACAGUCAUUGAACACAUUGCAUACAGUUCUGAUGCUCAAUUUAUGGCACAUGUUGAGAGUUUUGGAUCUUGGAAACAAAAUUUAAAAUUCUGGAAAUGUUCAAAGAAAUCAAACAUCAAUCCAAUGCACAUGAUUCAUGAUUCAUCAUUGACUAGUACUAAUACUGCUAAUACUACUACUAAUACUAGUACUACUGUUAAUACUAGUACUGAUACUCAUACUAGCACGAGUAUUACUACUACUACUACUACUACCAAUACUACUACUCAUUCCAGUGUGGACCAUCGUUCAAAACCUCAAUUAGUGACUGUGAUUGAUUCACCUCAUCAAGAACGAAUUACUCAUUUACAAUUUGUUCCAUGUGGUGGUCAUGAAACAUUGGAUCAUCGACACACUUGUUUAACCUCUUCACUCGAUGGUAAAAUUAGAAUUUGGAAAUUAUCCAUGAACACUCAAUUAUUUUCUUGUAGUGCUAUUAUUGAAUACAAGAAUUUGAGUGCAACAUCUUUUGAUAUUUCCAGUGAUGGUACAUUAUUAAUAGCAUGUUUUGGAUGUGAAAUUACUCUUUGGGAUUUACAAACAUUAGAAUUAAUUGAAUCCUUUUCGUAUCCUUAUCAUUUGACAGAUUGUAAAUUUGUAACUGAUGAUUCCAUUGCUGUGAUAUCGGAUCGAUACAUUUCACUCUUCUCUAUUGCAUUUGAAUCCAAGAAUGUUUGGAGUAUUGAUGCUGGACAUGUGGAAGGACUUGUUUCCAAUGGAUGUGGCAAAUUUGCAGUGAUUGUGAAUGGUAGUGAUAUUUGUCAAUUUGAUGUUUUGUUAUCGAAAAUGAGUAAUAGUACAAUUACUACUACUGAUAGAGAUACUCAUCGUAGUAGUAGUAGUAGUGGUAAUACUACUAAUAAUCAUAAUAAUAUGGAGGAUGAUACCAGCCCUAUGGCUGUUACUUCUGGAAUGAAGUGUACACUUCCUCCCUUAGAGAUGCAUCUUGAAACGGAUCAUUUUGUGAAUGCCUUAUUCUACAAAAAGUCCACCACCACCACCACCACUCAUUCUCCUCACGAAUUGUACUUUUUGAAUAAGCAAUUUGAAGUGUAUCGUGUGAUGGAUACUACUACUACUACGAAUUUUGGUCAUGCAAUUGAUUCAACAACAACAACAACUACUAGUACCAACACUGCCAACACGAAUACCACUGCUAUUACGACCAAGUCGACUCGAAUGGACCCGCAACAAGAGGACACAAAUUCCUCUGUCUAUGAAAAGAAAUGGUCAUCCAAAGAGACUCAUAAUAAUAUUGCCCUCUCAUUAAUGGACCUUCAAAAAGUAAUAACUAGUCCAUUCUCAACCGAGAAGGGUAAUAAGGCAUGGAAGGAAAUUUUCAAUGCUCCUUCUCAUUCACUCAUUUCCAUGAGUAGUUGUUACUCGACAUUUAUGAAUAGUUUUGUGUUGAGAGCCAUGGCAAACCACAAUGAAAAACAGAAUGACCUUCACACUCAACUCUCGGAGAAUGAUCAAAAUCGUUCGGCCCACUAUGCGACCAGUGUCAGCCAUGACAGUGAUUCAAGGCUCACCUCACCAACCACAACAACAACAACAACAACACUCAUAUCACACUCAACACGACCAUCAUCCAAGAAUGUCUCGAGCCAUCAUGAUUCACACUCCUCCUUAUUACAGGAUCAUGUUGAGCUUCCUAGUGCUGAUUUAAUUCGUUUUCUCAAAUCCUAUCAUGCUCACAACAACAAGCAAUAA